UUCCUGGUGAAGCUGAAGCUGAAGAGUCAUUCUAGGAGCUCUGAUGACAGGUCCCGUUUGGCUUCAGAGCGAGCUAACGCUGAAGUCCGCCAGUGGGCAGUCAUGCAGCCUUCGGCAGAGGGCAAAGCUCACCACAGCUCGCAGGGAACUAUCCAUAAUAACUCACCGCAGCGCUCCCCACCCACCGGCACCAAUAAGAGUUGCAGAGGGGCAGAGGGAUCUACGUCCCCAGAAAACACUGACAGCGGCAGGAAGAAGAUCAGGUUCCCACUCCUCUUCACCAAGACAGCCGUGGCUGUGACCACCACCAACCCCCUUGUCACUCAGAAUGACCGGCCCAGCGUGAAGCUUUCUGCCAAGAUAGAGAAGGCACGUAAGAUGGGGAGGGGGGCCAGUAUCCCAGAGGAGAUUGGUGCUGGAGCUAAGAUCAUGCAGAAGACCUUACCGGCCAUAUCCAAGUUCAGCUGGUCACUGCCCAGUCCAAGUGAAGGAGAUGACAAAGUCCAGGGCAAAGUCAAAGACUUCUGCAAGACCAAACUAGGUAAACAGGAAGAAGAUAACAUCCCGCCAAUAGCCAAAGAACCCAGGAGGAAAGGGUCCUUCCAUGGAGCAGAGCAAGGCAGAGGCAGGGACUACAGCAGGAGGAGGGCGCCCCUCUCCUACGACAUCCAGCACAGACUCAACCAAGCCAUGACAGAUUCAGACAGACUCAAACCUAGAGAGGUCACCAAGAGAAGCAGAACCAUCCAAUGUGAGAAUCUCCAGCAAAGGCCCAACCGACAGAUGCCAGAGUUGGAGCGAUUCAAACCCAGGGAUAUCACCAAGAGGAGGGGCAUCAUUCACUGUGAUGAGCUGCACCAAAGGCCCAACCAGCCAAUGCCAGAGCCAGAUAAAGCCUCCCUGGUUAAACUCCCAGCGAUUCCACGGCAGAGGGGCUCCAUCUCAUAUGAGAAGUACCAGAAGCUGAACCAGAAGAUGCCAGUCAGCACCAUCAACACAUCAUCACUGUCAGUACCUACCCUCUGCUCCGUACUCACCAUUCAUACCUCAUACCUAUUAUAUUUUCUAUUCCCCACAACUGUCACUGUUAUUCCCGAACACCACUAUCUGCUUGUGCCUGUUUGCUUGUAGGGGAAUUAUUCGUAUUGAAGACCUGGCAACUAUGGUGCCUGACGAACCCCUGAUCGAUGCCCAGUCUGAUGGUAAGUAGCAUGCAUACUGUUAGCCUGUCUUAUAUUGUCAACUAAUACUACAAAUACUACCUACGAAUACAAAAUCUAUUUUUUUUAUUAAUGAUGAUCUUCUAUUGUACAUGUAUUUUAAAGUGAUGUUCCUAUGUUAUGUGCAACAAUCAUCUAUUGUAUUUUCUACCCCAUGUAGCCUUCAAAGAAGUCUUUGAGCAGUUUGCGAAGAACAGUGAUGGCUCUAUCAAUGAGGAGGGCCUGGCAUCCACGCUGGACAGAGUGGGGAUCAGUAUCAGUCCAGAGGAGGUGAAGAAAGCCCUGCAGAUGGCUGACUACGACAGUAUGUUUCUGCCUCAGUAUCUGGAAUUACACCCAAAUAUAAUAAUGUGCUUUCCAUUAUAAACAUGUUAGAACAGAAUACAUAAAAAUCGUUGUGUCCCAAAUGGCCCCUUGUUCCCUAUAUAGUGCACAACUUUUGUACCCAUAUAGGGCUCUGGUCAAAAGUAGUGCACUAUAGGGAGCCAUUUGGGGUGCAACCAUACACAUUCCCUUAGUUGACAUGAGUUGACAGGCUGGCUGACUGGCUGUUUUUGUUUCUUGGCUUCAGAGGAUGGCGAGGUGGGGUUAGAAGAUUUCCUGCAUGUGAUGGAGGACAGCCAGCACUUCUCCAAGUGUGUGAAAGGUGAAGAUCCCCGACUAAGAUUUUGCCUUCACUAAACAUAUCUGGAUUCAAAUAUAAAUAUGAACAUAUGACUCACAGAGCUGCCAUAGCGUUUGUGAGACUGUAUUAAGAUGGUACUUACUUUCCGUUCUCUCACCCUCACACUCCCUCUCUUUACCUCUCUCUCACUCCAUUCUUUCCCUCUUUCUCUCUGAGCUGAAGGAGCGGACCCAUCCCAGUCUGUUAAGGUGUGUGAGACAGUGUUUUACAAGGCCCUGACCAAGAUGAUGGCUGCUGGUAUCCUGUCCAGUGGUACUACAAGAGAAAUAGUACAGUAAGCCAUUCGAAGUCAUUCUACUUUCUUUUCGCAUAUGAAUAGCCGACCAACAUCAUGUGAAGUGUACAUGAGUGUGUACUAACUGUAUGUCAUCAAAGAUUAUGUAAGGUUAUCAAGAUAAUUUUCAUGGAAAAACAGCAUCUUAAGAAUUUUCAGUAAAAGUUCUCUGUUUAAACAGAAAUAAUACAUUCUUGUGGUCAGCUGUGUCAGCCAUAUUUGACUGUCCCCUACCUCUGACCAGGUACUACCAUAAAAAGACUCUGAGGCUGAUCCGGCUGGCUGUACGACCAGAUGGGGAUGUUCUCACCUACUACACCAAGGGAGCUCAUCUGCUAGGGCUGAAGAGCAAGCAGCUCCUCAAGUACAUCCAGCCAGUGGGUGAGCAAACAUAUGAUAACACCCAGCACAUACAGUACUCCUUUCUCCCUCCUCCCUCCUCCCUAUAUUCAUAUUGAACUGCUUUAGCUUUCAUACUCUCCUAGUCAAAUCUACUGUAUAUUGAUUGGCAGAGGAGUGAUGAGGGACUGUUGUUGUUUUGAUGUGCAGAGACAAUUGCCCAGAGCCAGAAGGAGAAGGACAGCCCGUACCUGAGGCGUCCCAGCCUGAACUUGACCUACACCUCCUGGGACCCCCGAUGCAUGUCCCUGAACCCUGCACAGAAGUCUGUCAAGACCUGGAAGACCGUUGAGAUCGAGGAUCGCAUCAGACAAGUAAUUUUCGAAAACAUUUUCACAUAUUGAAUUAUGUGAGAAAUAUAGAAAGGCAGCGAAAAUAUGUUGCUAAUCUUCUUGUAUUUGUACCAGCUGUCAAUCAAGCACCCUGGGAUGGAAAAAAUGGAGAUGAUCACACCUGUGAAGAUGAAGGUGAACAUGUCCAUGAAGGAGAGGGACCACCUCACUUACAAUGAGAUCAACCAGAUCACACAGAAGGUAAGACGGGAUGUGAACUGAAUGUAUGACGAUAUUGAUGCAGUCAGUCUCACAUUUAAGUUAUCUCUGUCUCUCUGUCUCUCUCUCUCUGUCUCUCUCUGUCUGUCCAGUCUAAAUCAGGUCUGAAGGGGUACCUGAAGGACCUGACCCAGCUGAAGCGCAGGGACAUGUGGAACUCUUGGGGCUCCCUUCAGUGUUACUGUGUCCUCCACAGCCGGAAGGACUUCCCCAAAACCUUCACCACCUACUCCUGGUCCUGGAGCGGCUGUUGCAACAUGAUGGAGACUGGAGACCUGGACGCUCCCUGUAGGUCCACCCUACGCCCCCGUAUAGCCAACCACUGGAACCCAUCGUCAGGAAGCAGCACACCUCGUCCAAUCAUGGCGGCCAAAAAGAGAAGACCCCGGCGGCGACCCCCGCUGACAGGAAGAGCAGUACCCUGUAGAAAAGAGGAAUAA